UAAAAAAAAGGAAAGUUCCAGCGCUCACUGCGCAUGCGCGUCGAGGAAACCGGAAGUAAGCAUCAUGUCGACGGAGGACCCGUUUUUCGUCGUGAAGGGGGAGGUGCAGAAGGCCCUGUCCCGUGCCCGGGCCCUGUUUGACAGAUGGGAGGAACUGCUGCAGGAUGGGACCCAGGUGAGUCGGGACGAGCUCGACUGGAGCGCCAACGAGCUGAGGAACUGCCUGAGGGCCAUCGACUGGGACCUGGAGGACCUCAGUGAAACCAUCAGUAUCGUGGAGUCCAACCCGGGGAAGUUCAGACUCGCCGACAGCGAGCUUCAGGAGAGGAGGGGCUUUGUGGAGCGAACGCGGACAUCCGUCCAGGAGAUGAAGGAUCAGUUGUCCAGCCCUUCUGCUGUGGCUCAGGCAGAGAAGAAGAACAGAGAGGCUCUGCUUACUUCCUCGGGUCAGGACCGCUCAACGGGUCUGGAGGCCCAUCUGGUGUCGGCCAACUCCAAAUACCUCCAGGAGCAACAGGAGCAGCAGCAGCUGAUUGUGCAGGAGCAGGACGAGCAGCUGGAGUUGGUGUCGGGCAGCAUCAGAGUCCUCAAAGACAUGUCGGGACGCAUCGGGGACGAGCUGGACGAGCAGGCUGUCAUGUUGGGAGACUUUGGGGACGAGAUGGACCAGACGUCGUCCCGAAUGGACUCGGUCCUCAAGAAGUGCUCCGCUGUCCGGCCGGUAACGAGCCUGCGGUCCCCGGGGAUUCCGAACCCACCCACCGGGGUCUCCGGUGCCCCAGACCCGCUCACCUGGCGACAGGAGGCGGCUGCUGGAGACCGGGCGGCGGCGCCGGGAGGACCGGACGGGCGGCGGCGGCGGCGGAGCGGCGGCGGCGGCGGCGACGUGUCCACAAGCGGAGGAGAGCGGGGCUCCAUGUUCACAGGCGCGACAUCCCGACCUAAGUGA